GGGCUGAGUUGGGAUGUUUCCCAACUAUCGUGAGCAGGCAGGCAGGGGAGGCAGAGCGGGCAGUGUCAAGGGGGCGAAGCGGGAGUGGACCUAGAAGCCGUGCUGCGAAGGACUUGAGCGGCAGGGGCAACUCCAGGAAGGGGCCCCAGAGCAGCCAGCAUGCCAGCCACGGGAGGGGACCCAAAGGGAGAGGAUUAUUCUACAGCCAUUCUGCGCCAGAAGCAUCGUCCCAAUCGCCUCAUUGUCGAUGAAGCUGUCAAUGAAGACAAUAGUAUUGUUAGCUUGUCCCAGGUUAAGAUGGAGGAACUUCACUUGUUCCGGGGGGACACAGUGCUGCUGAAGGGGAAGAAACGCAGAGAGACUGUGUGUAUUGUCCUCACUGACGAUUCUUGCCAGAAUGAGAAGAUUCGCAUGAACCGUGUAACCCGCAACAACCUCCGUGUGCGUCUUGGAGAUGUGAUCAGUGUGCAGGCCUGUCCAGAUGUGAAGUAUGGAAAGCGGAUUCACAUACUGCCCAUCGAUGACACCAUCACAGGCUUGACUGGGAACCUCUUUGAAGUUUAUCUCAAGCCCUACUUUCUGGAAGCCUAUCGACCUGUGCACAAAGGUGAUAUCUUCCUAGUGCGAGGUGGCAUGAGGGCUGUGGAGUUUAAAGUUGUUGAGGUGGAUCCCAGCCCGCACUGCAUUGUGGCUCCUGACACCAUUAUCCACUGUGAAGGGGAGCCCAUCAAACGAGAGGAUGAAGAAGAGAGCCUCAAUGAUGUUGGUUAUGAUGACAUUGGGGGCUGCCGCAAGCAAUUGGCUCAGAUCAAGGAGAUGGUGGAGUUGCCACUGAGACAUCCAGCACUCUUCAAAGCUAUUGGUGUGAAGCCUCCACGAGGGAUUCUCCUUUAUGGUCCCCCAGGCACUGGGAAAACUCUUGUGGCCCGAGCUGUUGCAAAUGAAACAGGAGCCUUCUUCUUCCUUAUCAACGGCCCAGAGAUCAUGAGCAAAUUGGCUGGGGAAUCAGAGAGCAACUUACGCAAAGCCUUUGAAGAGGCUGAGAAGAAUGCUCCAGCUAUUAUUUUUAUUGAUGAACUGGAUGCUAUUGCUCCUAAGAGGGAGAAGACACAUGGAGAAGUGGAACGCCGCAUCGUCUCCCAGCUGCUCACACUCAUGGAUGGCCUGAAGCAGCGCUCACAUGUGAUAGUCAUGGCUGCCACCAAUCGUCCCAACAGUAUUGAUCCUGCCUUGCGCCGAUUUGGGCGCUUUGAUCGAGAAAUUGACAUUGGAAUCCCAGAUUCAGUGGGAAGGCUGGAAAUCUUGCAGAUCCACACCAAGAACAUGAAACUCGCUGACGAUGUGGAUCUGGAGAAGGUGGCCAAUGAGACUCAUGGGCAUGUGGGCGCUGAUCUGGCAGCCUUGUGCUCUGAGGCAGCACUCCAGGCAAUCCGCAAGAAGAUGAGUGUCAUCGACCUGGAGGAUGACACAAUUGAUGCUGACAUCCUCAACUCCAUGGCUGUCACCAUGGAUGACUUCCAGUGGGCCCUUGGCCAGAGCAACCCCUCAGCACUACGUGAGACUGUAGUGGAGGUGCCACAGGUCUCCUGGGAAGACAUUGGGGGUCUUCAGGAAGUCAAACGCGAGCUGCAGGAGCUGGUGCAGUUCCCAGUGGAGUAUCCUGACAAGUUUCUGAAGUUUGGGAUGACACCAUCACGUGGUGUACUGUUCUAUGGACCUCCUGGCUGUGGGAAGACUCUGCUGGCCAAGGCCAUUGCCAAUGAGUGUCAGGCCAACUUUGUCUCCAUUAAGGGCCCUGAGUUGCUUACUAUGUGGUUUGGAGAGAGUGAGGCCAAUGUCCGUGAUGUUUUUGAUAAGGCCCGGCAGGCAGCUCCCUGCAUCCUGUUUUUUGAUGAGCUGGACUCCAUUGCCAAGUCCCGGGGUGGCGGCGCAGGGGAUGGUGGAGGGGCAGCUGACCGGGUCAUCAACCAGAUCCUCACUGAGAUGGAUGGCAUGACCAACAAAAAGACAGUUUUCAUCAUAGGUGCCACCAACCGACCAGACAUAAUUGACCCAGCCAUCCUACGUCCAGGGCGUCUGGACCAGCUCAUCUACAUCCCUUUGCCUGAUGAGAAGUCUCGUGUAGCCAUUCUCCAAGCCAACCUGCGCAAGUCACCAGUUGCCAAGGAUGUGGAUUUGAAUUAUCUGGCUAAGAUCACACAUGGCUUCUCAGGUGCAGACCUCACAGAAAUCUGCCAACGUGCCUGCAAGCUUGCCAUCCGUGAGGCCAUUGAGAUGGAGAUUAAGGCAGAACAUGAACGCCAACGUCAUAAAUAUGCCGCCAUGGAUGAUGAUUAUGACCCAGUGCCAGAGAUCCGACGUGAUCACUUUGAAGAGGCAAUGCGCUUUGCACGCCGCUCAGUCAGUGAUAAUGACAUACGCAAGUAUGAAAUGUUUGCCCAGACGUUACAGCAAAGCCGUGGCUUUGGCAACUUCAGGUUUCCAGCAGGAAAGCAGAGCAGUAGUGGAGGGGGCAGCAGCGGAAGUAAUAGUGGCCAAGGGAGCCUUUUCCAGGAGGAGGGCGAUGACGACCUCUACAACUGAUUGGCUGGGCAAUAUCUACUUUGCUGGAGCUAUUGGCCCCAUUUUUUUCAUAGCUACUGCACCCUUUCAUGUGAGGUCCUCUGCUUUUAAGGCUCAGCUCCCCCCUUCCUAAACGGGCUACUGGAAACAAACACCUCAUGCCUAAUUUUGACAUGUGAGGCCUCUUCCACUUACCUUCUCUGGCUUGGGCACUGUAAGAAAUCUCAAAGCCGUUCUUGCCCUUGUGCCUGUUGGAUGUUACGGCAGUACCCAUGGCAGUCACCAGGGGGAACUAAAGCCUAAACCGAUGUCCUGAGAGCAUAAAAAAUGCCUUCUGGAUCAGACAAAUGGUCCAUCUAGUCCAGCAUUCUGUUUCCAGCCAUUGUCAGCAAGACGCUUUUUAAAACUCACAAGUAGGAUGUAAAGCUGUCAAUUUGUUCCUUUGUCUCGUCUCAAGAGUGCCCCAAGCUGGUGCCUGUUCCUUGCAGCUUUUAUACUGACAGCUCUCAUUAAGAAACCAGCGGACUGGUGGAUCUGCAUUCUCCCAGCCCGACUUGCUAGCAAGCCCAGCCUGCUUCUAAUGACCCUGUUUAUCCCACUAGUCAGUUUUUGGAUCCUGCAUUAUUCACAUGGCCAAUGAACUCCAUGUUGUAUUAUCCAGCGACAGAAGCUUCUGGGUAUCGAAUAAACUGGAAAUGCAUGCCUACUAUUCUGUAAAAGGUGCCAGUUAGUAAAGGCCUGAAUUGUGGUGUCUCUA